GUGAUCGCGCCGGCGCGGGGCGAAAGCCCCAGCGCCGACUCAGACGGGAAAUGCAAGAUGCAAGUGCGCUUGCCACAGUGGCACGCGCGGCUCACCAUCGACGCGCAGCAAACGGAGACAACCAGCUUCACGAAGGGCGACUUGUACAUCUACAAGUGCACGGCGGAGGCGCCGCGGGGCUUGCGGCUCAGCGACGCGGACCAGGCAUGCUUCCUCACGUGGCUCAUCGCGUUCACGAGUGAUUAUCCACGUCCAGACGAGAUCAUGGCGUCGCCUCCGAAGACGUUCGAGUGGGUGUACAUUGCGCCGUCUGACAAAGGUAACCUGAUCAGGGUGCUGGUCUACAUCGAGGCGUCGGAGAUAUGGGGCGAGGCGUUCCCCCCAGAUUACGAGGCGCUUGCUGGCCAGAAGAUGCGUGCGACAAUCGGCGACCUGAAGGGUAUCGUAUGCGCGAGGUUCAAGGGCAUGGUCGUGAAUGAUUUCGACCUCCUUGCAAGUCCUGGCGAGGUGGAUGUGCGCUACUGUCACGGCAGCGACGAGCUGAAGCUGUUGAGCGACUU